AGAGGGAACGCAUCUUUCAAAAUAUCAGCAUGAAGGUUUUGGUUUGUAUCGUGCUUGCUCUGGCCGUCAGUGCCUUUGCUGAGGAGAAAAAGGAAAAGCGAGGUCUUGCGAGUCUUGGCUACGGCGGGUACGGUUACGGCGCCGGUCUGGGUUAUGCAGGACUUGGUCACGGCCUUGGAUACGCCGCCGCCCCCGCUGUGGCAGCCAUAGCAGCCCCCACUUCACAUGUUUCCCAGGUUAGCUACUCCACAGCACAUGGACUGGGAUACGCUGCCGCCCCCGGUCUGGGAUAUGCUGCCGCCCCCGCUCUGGGAUACGCUGCCGCUCCCGCCAUCGCUAAGGUCGCCACCUAUGCAGCUCCUGCCAUAUCUUAUGGUCAUGGUUUAGGAUAUGCCGGAUAUGGUGGUUAUGGUUAUGCCGCACCGGCUUAUGGUCUUGGUUAUGGUGGUUAUGGCUACCAUUAAGGUCCUUUAGGCACACUUCCACCACCCCCUUUACACAUUUCACAAGUUACUACAUUUUCUUUAAAAUUUGUUCGUCAAGUGGCUUUUCGUACAAGAUGAAUUCCAUCCUCGAAAUUCAAUUCAACUUCAACGCCCGAAUUUCGAAACUUUCAAUCCUCUGGCGAACUAGACGCAAAAAAACUGUUCAGGUUCUCUCCAUGAAACCAGAGCCUUCGCAGUCAACAUAGCGUCCACGCUACUAGCUAGACGACUAGAGAAUCGGGGUUCUAUUUCUCGGGAUUACAAAUAUUAUCUUCACCAGACCGGUCCAGAGGUCCAGCCAGACUCCCAUGAAACGCGUACUGGAGGUUAAAGCAUACGGGUCGUGAAUGUGGCCACUCACGUCAACUUAGUGCCGAGGUUUUUAGAAUACGUGGAGUUCUACCUUCCCUCCACCAUGCGCCCGCACGUUGUGGUGCUUAAUCAGGUAAAGGGAUAACCGUAUCUUAUCAUUCAACGAAAGAGGAAACAGCAGAUGAGACAAGCGUUUCGAAACGUGAACUGUUUCAUAACUUCUGACGAUGUAAUACAACUUGUGAGAACGUCAAUGGCUUGCAUGCUUGCCACUUCACAGCACACAACAACUGUCUCUUCGAACCGCUUCAUUUUCAUAACUCGUUGACUUUCUUGCGCAGUAAUAACAGGGUUUCUCUUCCUUGUCUCUUACGGAACAAAGUCUUCGGCUGAAAUUUCAUGCCGGACGGAGACGUUCAGCAGAAACUACGUGCAAUACACUUUAACUUAUUUUUGUACUUUUCACAUGUAAAAUAUUUUUUCUAA